UUAAUUUCACACACACUGCCCACGCAUUUAUUCCACACACACACAUAAAUACAUAAUACAUCACCUCUCUCUCUAUAUAUCCAACGCGACACAAACAAAUCGAUUUUCCCUCGAGAUCGGAAGAAGAAGAAGAACCAGACAGGAGGAGAUUAGCGCUGUUGCAAUUCAUCAUGGCCAAAACAGAUUGCAAUCUCCAACAACCUAAAUCCGCGAGGGGCGAUGAGAACAGGCCGAGGCUCAAGUACUUGGAUUUCGUGGUGGUCGCCGCCCUUCAAGCGCUGAUGUUCGUCGCCAGCAUCUACUGUUUCGCCAAGGAGAGAUCGGGCCGGCUCAAGCCCGGCAUUGACGUCGUUGAGGGCUCUGUUAAGAACGUCAUCGGCCCGCUUUACGCUAAAUCACACCAUCUCCCCAUUCAAGUCCUCAACUUUGCGGAUCGCAAGGUUGAUGAGUCUGUGCACAAAGUGCAGAAAUGCGUGCCCUCCACUCUGAGGAGCGCAUCUUUCAAAGCCUACAACCAUGCUCGGAGAGCACCUAUCGCUGCACGGUGCGUGAUGGCUGAUGUCAAGAAAACCGGCAUGGUGGAGACAGCUUCUGAACUUGCGAAAUCAGUGUAUGCCAAGUACGAGCCAGUAGCCAAGGACUUCUACACCAAGUAUGAACCAGUGACCGAGGAGUAUGCACUGUACCUUUGGCGUUUGCUGAACCAGUACGCCCUCUUCCAACGAGCUGCUCUAGCUGCUGGCCCACUAGCCGGUUACUGCUCGGAGAUGUACAACCAGAAGGUUGAAGUUGCUGCCAAGAGAGGGUACAAGGUGGCAGCACAUCUUCCGAUCAUACCUAUUGAGAAGAUUGCUGAGGCUCUGAGGACUGAGAAUAUGAAGCCUGUAGUCAUUGAUGGCGGCCGCGGAGAAGAAGAAAUCGCGGCGUAGUGAUGAGUCUUUAGCAGGGGGAAACGGCAGAUUUCUCUAGCUAGAAGUAGGUACGUGUUUUAAGCAGUUUUUUGGAACUAGUAUUUGGUCGUAUGUUUAGCAAGAUUUUUGAUAAUGAAGUUGGGACAUAUGGAUUAUGCAUUGAGACAGGGGAACAGAUUUACCAUGACAUCAACUUGGUAAAUGUUAAAUUGUUUUAUUCGUUGGUAGUUAUUUACUAUGAUGGAGCUUAUGUGAUUGAUUAUCCA